UUGAGAUCAGCCACCAUUCUAACGUUCUGAAGGAAACAUGAUUCCUUAGUGUCACGUGACUCACGCUCUAGUAUUCAGCUUGACAUACUGCUCCUGUUCCAUCCCCUACUGGUUCAACAGUAUGCGUUCUGUCUUAGGUUUAAUUGUGGUGGUAAUUGGGGCGACAUUUUACCUAUAUUUGCUCUCUACCUACCUACCUCCUGUUCGCCGACAGGUUAGGGUACAAAAUGAAGACGCGGAGCAAUCUCAUAAUGAAGGACAGAAUCAGGAAAUCUUCAGAACAGUGGAAUACAGGUUGAAGUUCCCGUCAGACCUGGUGGAGCUCAAAGAGUUGGCUGAACUCCUUCAGUUCUACAGGACGGAGCACACGUCUUACGUGCUGCUCAUCUUCUGCAGUGCGUACCUAUACAAGCAGUCAUUUGCUAUCCCUGGCUCCUCAUUUCUGAACAUCCUGGCCGGAGCUUUGUUCGGGCCAUGGCAAGGGCUGCCGCUGGCCUGUGUCCUCACCACGACGGGGGCAACCUUCUGUUACCUACUUUCUCAAGCCUUUGGCAAGCAGCACAUCAUAAGGCUCUUUCCAGACAAAGUAACCAUGCUUCAGAAAAAGGUGGAGGACAAUAGGGACAGCUUGUUGUUCUUUUUGCUUUUUCUUCGAUUUUUCCCCAUGAGCCCAAACUGGUUCUUGAACAUGACGGCACCAGUCCUCAACAUCCCGGUCACGUUAUUUGCUCUCUCCAUCUUCAUAGGUUUGAUGCCGUACAAUUUCAUCUGCGUUCAGACAGGUUCCAUGCUGUCUGAGCUCACCUCGCUGGACGACCUGUUCACCUGGGGCACGGUGAUGCAGCUGCUGGCUAUCGCCUGCAUGGCCCUGCUGCCCGGGGCUCUGAUCCACCGCUACAGCCAGAGCCGCCUCAAGCUGGAUGGCGUAGAGCAGAACGGAGUCAGCCAGGACCGCAAGAACAGAUAAACGUCCCCCAGUGAUGCCCACCGUCACUACUACCACCAACACCAGCACUGGACUGCCACACAGAGUGGUUUUGAAGUGUUUUUAAUGAGGGAAAGACUGAAUGAAGUGUUCACUUCGGGUCUGUGGCCUAAUAUUUGUUUGAGUCUGGCUAGGGUCAAACGCUGAGCGCCAGUGAUGAAAAUGAGAAUGUGUUCUAAUUGCUGCAGAUGCUGCAAAUGUCCACAGUGUGGACCAAGCAAGAUGUGCCUCCAAAGGAGCUAUGGCCAUACAUUUAAUCUGCCUAGAUUUGAUAGAGAAUGUUGUAUUUCGGUGUGUAAAGGGUCGUUCACACCAGGAACGAUAACUAUAAAGAUAACUAUAACAAUAUGAGUAUCCAAACAGACCAACGAUAAGAGAAGUCUCUUGUUGGUGAAUGUGAUGUCUAAAAUGUGAUUGAUUUGAUGUCAGCUUUUUAUCCUUCUCAAAAUCGCUCUGAAAGUGAUCCCCAGCGAUAUUGUUCUUCAUGUCAUUAUCGUUAUAAUUCAUGUGUGGAGUGGACGUUGUAAUUCAUAUUAGCUAGAGCAAUACUUUUUAGCUGUUAUUGUUAUAGUUAUCAUUUUUGGUGUGAAUGGCCCUAAGACUGGUCAGAACAACAUUGAUGUUGUGUGUUUGUCAUUUUGAUUAUCACAAUUCAAUCAUUUGAUGUGGGCUUUGUGAAUCUGUGACUACGUGACUAAAGCUGUCUUAUUUAAAUCACAGGCUUUGAUGUCUGACAAACCAGUUUCCUUAAAACUUUUGUUUAUACUUGGGAGUCAAGUGUCAAGACACUGGCUGAAUUUUUAAUGAACUAGCCAUUGUAAUAGGAAACCCACAACUGAAGGUGGAUUCAAGGUCCAAGUCUGCAUGACUAACUUGACAUUGGUUCUCCCAUGGCUGAUGGUGAGGGCAUUAAUGCAAAAUACAAACUGCACCCAACGCACCUGUUGGUUGUUCAGUUGCAAAUAGAAACAACAAAAAUGUAUGUAUUUUGUAUGUGCUAUAAUGUUUGAUGUAUGUAAGGGAUUGCUUUUUAAUUGCAUCCAAAGCUUUGGUCUUUGUAUUAAACUGCCAUUUAUAGAAUAUGUUCAGAUAUGCAAGUGCCUCCUGGAUCUAAAUUGUGAUGUUUUUAUUUAAAAAAGGGAUCUAUCUCCAAAUAAAAAUUGAAUAUGUCCUCUUUUAAUAUGAUAUAUAAUUGUA